AAUGUAGUCAACUGGGUGGAAUGUCCGACUUUAUUGGCUGAUCCCUCCCGAUAACCCUGUUGGAGUCAUGUCCAACGGCUCAUCAGGAGAGAUCAGCCAAUCGUGAAGAAGAAAAUUAACUACUUCAAAAUGGAGAUCGCUGCCAGACCUAUAAUGACACAGAUAUAAAGAUAAGUCCGUUAUCUAGUUCUAUGAUCCUCUCAACACACUUUCUGUUUUUGUUUGGAUCUUUUAGCGCCUCUCGUCCCAGUGAAGCGUCUAUUUAUCCUAUUUUCAGCAGUAACUCACAAUUCGUGUCUAAGUAAGAACUGCCAGUGUGUGCGGGCCACCUCUCAUUACACGAUUUACCUACGGCCUCUAAUAGGCUCGCAAGAGGACGACCGAAUCAUGCAAACUUGGAUAUUUGGUUGUCUUUUGCCUCUACUGUUGUACUGUUGAUUGCUGUAACCUAUAUGAACGAUGACGGUAAAGUGGAAACAACAAAUACUGUACUGCUUUUUUAUUUCUAUUUUUACGUCGCUGUCACUUUUUAUACACCACAAUCCCUGAAGCGAACUAUUUCCUUUAGGACCCAGUGGAGCUCUGCGAGCUAAUCCCUGUGAUGUAGUACACAUGCUGUCCCUGACGGUGGUCUUAGGUCAGUGCUAUUCGGAAUCGUUGGGAUGUCCCUACCUUAAACCCUAACCCUAACUUAAACCCUAACCUUACCUUAACCAUUUUGCGUUUCAACUUCAAUGGGGGUAGUGACGUCCCAAGGAUUCCGGAUAUCAAGGACCGUUUGUGUUGCGGUACUCGAGUGUAUGGUAGGGGCCCAUAAUCAGUUUUGCAGACACUAAUCUCCAUUGUAUGAAAGUGCACUGUCUGAAAAACAACAUCUGGCUGCUGAAUGUGCGCCAUCCAUGUCCAGGUAAAAUGUUACCUGGUCGUUAUAGCCUUUCUUAAUCAGGCUCUGAAUGUCGAGGUUUGAUACCGGUUCCUGCUGCUAGCUAGCUAGUCUUGUUCACCAGCUGACUUGCCAACCUUUCUUGGUGUUCUGACUGUACUGCGUGCUUUAAAAGAUAAGUUACGCAUCAGUUGUUCUCGCACCUGAUAAUUAUGCUCGCCAAUUCAACACGGGGCUUUCUCUGGUCGGAUGUCGAAACCAGAACCUUGCUGAAUAUCUGGGGGGAGCGGGACAUCCAGACGGCGUUGGGCGGAAACUUCCGAAACAGUCAUGUCUACCGCGACGUCGCCCGAAGGUUGGGAAUUAUGGGGUUCGAAAGAACCCCAGAGCAGUGUAGGGUGCGAAUCAAAAGCCUGAAAAGGCAGUUUAUCCUGGCCAAGGAGGGCAACCUGAGGAACAAUGGACAAUACCACAAAAUCUGCAAGUUCUACGAUGCCAUGGAGAGGAUACUAAGCAGCCGUCCCCAGAUUGACCCCCAGGAGUUGUUAGACAGUGGGGCCGUGGGGGAUGAGACCGAGGAGGAAGUGGACACAGACCCUCCACAGGACCCAUACUUGGAGAGCACAGGGGAAUGCUCCUACCCAGAGACCCAAGUGAAGGUCGAAUACCCUCCCAUCCCUGUGACAGUGGGAAAUAGCACUACAGUCAGACAGAUCAGCAGCCAGUCAGCUGGUGGACCGUCCUCCAAGCGGCCCAAGAAGCGGCACGUCGACCUGGCCCUGGACAGUGUGACGAAGCGGCUCCUGGAGCAGAGUGCCGAGGCUGAGCAGAGCUUCUACCAGAUGGAGGAGCAGCGUCUGCAGGCCGAGGACCACCGGCGAGAAGCCGAACAUGCCCGCGAGCUCCACAUGCUCCAGGUGUUGGGACAGAUGUUCUCCAGCAUCGCCACCAGGAACCCCGUCGCCACAGCUACCGCAAACACAGCAAUGCCGCCUGCUCUGAAUACCAUGGAGUCCAACAUGCAGCCCGGUGUGCCCAUGUCCGCCUCCGGCCAAAUGAGGCGUGGUCGGUCGUGUCACCGCCGAGUCCGCUCGCCCCAGUCCCAGGCUGAGUGGCCCAGCUACCACAGUCAACCACAGUCCAACGCAGGUUUAGUCCUCGAGCGCUCCUUCUCCCUUGGGACAGCAGCACGCCGAGGAAUGGAUGAUAUCCUUCCGCUGGUGAAGAAUAUAGUCCCUCCGCUGACGUCUAAAAAGCACAAAGGCCAAGAUGGGCGGAUUGGGAUUAUUGGGGGAUGUCAGGAGUAUACAGGAGCUCCGUACUUUGCUGCUAUCUCUGCAUUGAAAGUGGGAGCCGACCUGUCACACGUAUUCUGCACUAAAGCUGCAGUGACAGUGAUCAAAUCCUACAGUCCGGAGCUCAUAGUUCAUCCUGUGCUGGACAGCCCCAAUGCAGUGGAGGAGAUGGAGAAAUGGCUCCCCAGACUCCACUGCCUGGUGGUGGGCCCAGGGCUGGGCAGAGACGAAAUGCUGCUGAAAAACGCCAAGGAAGUAAUUGAGAAGUCCAAAGCAAGAGAUAUCCCUAUUGUUAUUGAUGCAGACGGGCUGUGGCUGGUUGCUCAGCAACCAUCAGUCAUCCAAGGGUACCAGAAGGGCAUCCUCACUCCCAACUACAUGGAAUUCACCCGGUUGUAUGAGGCUAUGCACCAUGAGCCUCUGGAUAGCAGUGACCAUCAGAGGAGUGCCAUGGAGCUCAGUGUUGCCAUGGGCAACCUGACUGUGGUGCUCAAGGGGGAGGAAGACCUUAUCACUGACGGCAACAAGGUGAUCUUGUGCAGACAGGAGGGCAGCGGGCGUAGGUGUGGGGGGCAAGGAGACCUCCUAUCUGGCUCUCUGGGAGUGCUGGCACACUGGGCAUAUACCUCCUCAGCAGACAUGACUAAAAGUGUGAACCCAUCAGUGGUGGCAGCGUUCGGGGCCUGUUCUCUGACCAGACAGUGUAACAGACAGGCCUUUCACAAACAUGGCCGAGCCACCACCACCACAGACAUGAUCCAGGAGAUCAGCUCCGCCUUCAAAAAACUAUUUGAGAGCUGAGAACGGUCUACAGGGAGGGGUCCAAGAUACUCACAUACGUACUAUACAUACACUUACAUACAUACUGUACAUACACUUACAUACAUGCAUACAUACUGUACAUACACUUAUAUACAUGCAUACAUACUGUACAUACACUUGCAUACAUGCAUACAUACUGUACAUACACUUACAUACAUGCAUACAGUACAUAGACAUAACGACACGCUCUUCCAUGGGAAUCCUGAAAAUCCAUUCUCUAUAAUCAUUGACAUUGGGCCAAAGAGCCCAACUAUCAAAACGUUUCAGAUCUUUUAGCUGUAGCUAGUCUGUUCCUCCAGACAGGAAAGCUAAGGCCGGGAUUCAAUCCGUAAUUUCCAAUUGAGCCGACGUUGCAGUUUAUUUUUACCACGAUUGCAAUUUCCAUGAACGCAGUAACAUUGCCUUAAAAAGCUGCAUUGUUCGAGAACCUGUGAUCGUUAUUGAAUCUCGACCUAAGACUUUGUUUAAUCAACAAGAAAUAAUACAAGAAGUAGGGCUCCAACAUAUGAAACCACGUCUAUUGGUGCUAAAUAAACUAGACUUUAAUGAUUUUUAAAUGGAUAAAGAAAAGGUGUCUAUGAAAUAUUCCCUCUGCACUGGAGUCUAUUUUAUUUUCCUCAAAGUGCCUCGUUGGCUUUUAAAAAUGUUGACAGCCAGCACUUCAGUAUUAAAGGGGCACACAAGGCUGAGCUGAGAUGAUUAUACAUCAAUAUUAUCAGACUACCUAACAGACUUCAAACAGUACACAUACUAUGUAACACAUUUAAUAAUACUUGAUGAUUUACAGCAUAGAAUUCUCUGUGAUUUCCUUCCAGACAGUUCAUCCUAUUCCAUCAUGACAUUCCUAUCUUUACUGUCAUCCAGAAUAGAAUCUUACAGUGACAGUGUGGCACCGGUGUGGUCUCCUGUUUUUGUCAGAAACAUCUUUUACAUUGUAAAUAUUAAAAUGUUGAUUGAGAGUUCA